AUGAUGUGUUUUUUAAAGCUUUUCGAUCAAGCUAUUGAUCAAUUAAGUGAUGAAGAUAAACCAACUAUACAUCAAGUUAUUCCUAUUCGACAGCUAUUAAUCAAUUAUUGUGAAGUUAAAGUUGAUGAUAGUGAUGGACUUAAAGAAGUAAAAUGCUUUGUUGCACCACAUGAAAAAAAUAAAGCAAUUAAAUUAGUCAAACAAAAGUUGCUAAAACGUACAACAGUACAAACAGCUGUUGCUGUUACUGAUUCAAAAACAAUAACUUCGGCUACAUCAAUCACAUUUAAUGCAGCAACAUCUGUUCCUUCGAACGAUUUAUUAGGUCGUUGUUUCGAUCAACCUCAACCUGUUGUUAAACUACCAAAUAAAUUAGAUGACUAUUUAAUAUUAGACAUACAACUUCAAGAACAAGAUAACGUGCUCUUAUUCUGGAAAGAAAAUGCUAAAAAAUUUUCCAAUAUUAUCAUCAACUGUACGUGA